AUGCGGAAAAAAAUUAAAUGAAGUUUACUCUAAAAAUACUAAAACCAAGAGUAAAUGCAUAAACUUCAUGCUGUUUUAACAAAUAGCCAAAUGUGUUCUAGAUUUGAGCAAGUUUUGAGAUUUUCACUCCUUUCGAAGCUUCCACAUCAACAGCGCCGUAAAAUAAUCAUGACCAUCUGACAAUCGUGCGUCCGCAAUUGCCUUCCAACAUUUUAGGGUUAUGUCUUUCAGAAUUGACAAGUUAUGUAUUGUGUACAAAACAACAAACGCUACAACUGAAACAACGGCGAAGCGUCUGGACGAAGAACAUUGUUCUUGUGCAAAUUGAUUCUGUUUAACAUCAAAGUGCGAUGGUUUCCGAUACAGAAGAUCCCUACGCUCAAGCAGCUGUAGGCAAGUUGAAAUUGAAGAAAGACGAUGGAAUCAAGAAGAAAAAAAAGAGGAAGCACAAGAAACUGUUGGAGAAAGCUGUGAAGACUAUUGAGAGCACGGCUGAGGAGCUCCAAGUUCAGCAAAUUGAAACUCCGAAAACGAAGGCAGAACUUGCUUUUCUAAGACAGCAGGAGAAGAUGAGAACGCAGCGUAUUUUGGAAAAGGCAUCCAUGACCCACAAGGAGAGAGUGGAGAAAUUCAACCAGCACUUGGAUAGUCUAACCGAGCACUUCGACAUACCCAAAGUAUCCUGGACUAAGUAAAAUGCGCCCAUGUGUGUUUCCUUAACAUUUAUUUGUAAAUAUACAUUUAAGUUAACAAACUAGAAAUGCAACAUCAA